AUGGCGUUGGCAGACCACAGGGGCUUGGAAAUCGAAUCCAUAUUCCCCGCCGCUGCUGAACGCAUACCACUCCUGCGCGACCCCCUUUCCGAGUCCGUCUUUGGAGAGCUGUAUUACUGGAAAUAUGACUACAGGCAUACUCGCGCCGGAUAUCUGCAAAUCGCUGCACUGUGCGUCUCGUUGUUUGUGCUCGGCUGGGGCGACGCCUCGUCUGGACCUUUGCUACCUGACAUCCUCCGGACUUAUCAUAUCGACUACGACACGGUCUCCUGGACAUACGCGUUUACCUGCGCCGUGAUCUUCCUCGGUGUCAUGUUCACCAUCCCGCUAAAUGACCGCUUUGGGUUCGGGAAGGUAACAUACUUGGGGUCAGCACUGCAAGCCAUAUGCUUUUUUAUUCAGGCCCUCCCUGCCUGCUUUCCUGUAUUUGCAGGGUCGUCCUUCAUCGGGGGAAUCGGGAUUGCAAUUGAGAGUGCGCAAGCCAACGGGUACGUUGCUAUCCUCCGCCGUGGCGGGGAACUCAAAAUGGGCCUUCUUCAGUCUGCGUACGGCUUUGGAUCACUGCUUGCGCCUCUCUGUUCGAUGCAGUUUGCAAACCAUACCAAGACUCCCAUCGCGAAACCUCCCGCCCAUUUCAGGCAGGGAGAAGAAUCGUGGAAAGAUAGAUUGUGGCAUCUUCACUUUCUGAUCUCCUUUGCAUUGGCUGCCAUCAACUGUACUGUCCUAAAGGCUGUAUUUGGGGAUGCGACACAAGAAGAGUGCCUGAGACAGUGCGGGGAGAUCACAGACUCCGACGGUGCGUCUCUGGUGACGGGAGCAUCGGGGAUUAACAAUGGCGGCGGCACCAGCACCAGCACCAGCACCGAUGUCAAUGUCCAUUUCUCCGUCAAUAUCGAGUCCAUUGCCGCCGCCACAACAUCUAUCACCACAACCACUGCAGCUAUCACCGCUACGACUACCGCUAUUGCAUCUAACGCAACUGCUAUCGCCACAUCGGUCGCCACCGAUUUUGCCAACACGUUACGAAGCCGAGUAAACGCACUGAUAACAAAAUAUACCCGCCUUCUAUGCACACCCUCAGUUCAUUUCCUUGCACUGUUUAAUGUGGUGUAUGUUGGGAUUGAGACUACGAUUGGAGGGUGGAUUGUCGUGUAUUUAAUGGAGGCACACAUAGGCAGCGGAACAGGCGCAGAGAUGGAACAAGGGGGAGCAGGGGCGGCUUACGUCGCGUCCAGCUUCUUCUCAGGUUUAACGCUCGGACGGGUGGCACUAGUACCGGUGACGCAGAAGGUCAGUCUAUCAAUAGGAAAUUUGAUCCUUGAUCGGAGAAAGCCGCGCGGUGCACUUCUACUUGUCACUUUGUAUCAUGUCGGUGUCUCUUUCUAA